AUGUGGGCAGCCCUGGCGCCAUCUAAGCUGGCCGCUGCGGGCUACGCCAGCCAGCAGGAGGUCAGCGCCUGCGUUGUCGACAUGGUCAAGACCAGGGUGUCGCUCAUCAUUCGCGGGGACAACAUCGUGCCCGACCUCGUGAGCUUGGCCAAGACCGUCCCCGACGUGGCAGCGGAUCCCUUGAAGGCUGACAUGCGUGCACUCGAGCAGUACCUGGUCGUCUUUGAGAAGCGAGCUCUGACCUUCGAUGAACUGGAGACCUCCAAGACGGCGUACAUCUCCAAGGAGACGAACCACAUCAUCAAGCAUUUAGCAUCCUGGCCAGCUGGCGAGAAACUAUUCUCGGACGGCGCCCUCAUCGCCGAAGCCCACGCGGUGGCCCACGAGCAAGCCAAGGUGGCCAGGCACGCGUGCCAUGAGUACUCGAAGGCGCUGGAUGAGACCAGCAUCGAGGGCGAGAUCAGCGAGCUCACGCUCGACGACCUGGAGAAGUUCUGGCAACUGGUUGCGGUUCAGGCGCCGCAGGCGACUACCUUGCGAUCCAUGACAGACGCCAUCACCGCGAUGGGCGACAUUGGGCACCUCUAUAUCAAUGCACCUGGCCGCACGACGGCCACACUUCAGAAUUUCGUGUCGCAUUGCGGGGACACGGCUUGCGUUCUCGCACAGCAUGCUUUUACGACUUUCACGUCAUGGUUGACCUCACCUUCGAUUGAUGCAUCGAGUCCACCGUGGGCCACGCAGCAGUUCCAACAUGAGGUGCAGGUGAGCGCUGAUUGGCACGCUACUUUCUUCGAGAUCCCUAACAUCCCAGAGGUCGGCUUCCUCCAGGACCACUCCGAGACCGUCCCCCAGUUCCGCGCCCAGCGUGCUGCACAGACCGAGGGCGUCGAGGCCGUCAAGAUGCUCUUGAGCUCGGAGCCUACGUUGGCGGUGGCAAAGGUGGUGUUGUCUUAUAUUAAAUAUACCCUCCACGUGCGCGUGCAUUCAGAUGAAAUGCUUUCGUUCUGGGACGGCCACGCCGUGAAGAGCACCGCUGAGACAUCCCUGGAGGCGUUCACGCGUGCACCGAGGUACAUCCAGCUGAAGGAUGUGCAGCGCAGGGCCAUGAGCUCGGCCAUCGCGGACCUCGAUCGGCUGCUCUCCGAAGUUUGCAGGUCUGAUUGGGGUGAACAUCCAGGUUUGCUGCUGCGGACGGGCGCCUUCGAUGCAGAGUUGACCUCGCGCGCGCAGGCGGCCAUCACCGAUGCCCUCGAGCUGUGCAAGACCGCCGACGCAGGGUUGGCCGUCCAGAUUGGCACCGUGGUCAAAGUGCUCCGCGCCUGGGAGGUGAGCAUGCCGCUGAUCUUUGCCGCGACCGGUGCGUUCGACCUUACCUCGGAGAACGCGAAGAAGGUGAGCGCGGCCAUCCAAGUUUUCAAGGACCUGAUCGCGUUCACGCAGUACGUCUUCAGGCAGUAUCGGGAUGCCCAUGGCAUCCAGUUCGACGAGACCUCUUACACGCAGGACGGGUUCCACGACAACUUCAUGAAGGCGCUCCAGCUGUGCUCGCUGGACCACGCGGACGUGCUGGACAAGUACCCGAUCUCAUAUCUGAUUCAGUCGACGCUCAAGUGGAUGGGCAAGCUGAUUGAUGAUCUAUGCGAGCAGUGGGCCACGGCCGUGCAGGUCGUGCAGCGCAAGAUCGAGGCUGCAUCUCCCGAGUGGCGGUCGGCCGCGGAUCAGCUCAUGGACGAGCCGCCUCCGGAGCAGACGCGGGCUCUCCUCACGAACCCAUCGUACAAGGAGCUGGCGGGCCUCGUGGCGGAGAUGGAGGUGCGCCUGGCGAUCGCCAGGCAGGCGUCGCCGCCG